AUGUCAAAAGGCCAGGAAAUAAAACCCUCUCGACGCUGCAAAACUGACACGAGAAAAAGGAUAACAACUCCUACUCCUGGAGUAGUACUAUACUUGGCUGCCACUCCCAUCGCCGUUGCCGCCCGAGCACCCGCCGCCGCCGCCGCAUUCUCCCGCCGGAGAAGCCCCAGCUCCCAGCCCUUCUUGACUCUGCUGUCCAGGAACGUCGUCGCUGGCCCGUGCACUGCCACUCCGAGGCCGGCGUCCUCUCUCGUUCGUUCUCGCAGGUUUCAAAUCAUGAUGUCUGCAGCUGCAGAGCAGGUUGCUGGUGGUUUCUCAUCAGCAGUUAUCCAGCGUGCUGUUGACAAGGUGAUUGACUUCCUCGAGAGCAACUAUAAUCUGAGCCAUGCUACUGAAGAGCUUUUGACCAAACUCCACACAAGCCUCACCAUGGUGAGGGCCAUAACCGAGGUCGCUGAUAACCAGCUUAUUACCAGCACUAGUCUUAACAAGUGGCUAAGGAACCUCCAUGAUGCUGCCUAUGAAGCGGAGGAUGUGCUUGACAGAUUUGAUUGUCAAGACAUAGUCCUUGGAAAGCGCAAGAUGAGCGAGCUCGUUUCGUCAUCGAUUAGGGCCCUUAAAAGUUUGGUUGUACCUGAUGAGGGCAUGAACAGGCUUGAAUAUGUUGUGCAGAAGCUAGAUCACCUUUGUGCAACCUCCAACACAUUUCUGGAGCUCUUGAGGCAGAGUAGUUCAUCAUCCAUCAAGGAGGGAGCUGGGGGAGAGACUACUUCUCGUGUUCCAGUUGAUGUCAAGCUGUUUGGACGCGAUGAAGUUCUAGAGUUGAUACUGAGAGUUAUUUUGGGUUCAUCUGGCUCUGAACCAGAAUCCGGCAGCAUAAGAGCAAAACAUGGGGCAAGGUACACCAUUGGUGGUGUUGAUGUCAUCCCAAUUGUUGGUAUGAGCGGGGUUGGGAAGACAACCCUUGCUCAAGUCAUUUACAAUCAUGAAAAUGUGAAGGGUCACUUUGGGCACAGAGCAUGGGUGUAUGUUUCAAAACAUUUCGGAGUGAAAAGGACGUUGCAGGAGAUGUUGUGCUCCAUAAAAGGAAAUGAUUCAUCUUUUGACCGUGCUGAUAGUCUAGAGACAGUUGUCAACAAUAUUCAAAAUGUCAUCCGGCAUGGAAGAUUCUUUCUUGUGCUUGAUAGUGUUUGGGAUGAGAUGUGUGAUCAGUGGAGUAGUUUGCUUACUGCCAUAGCUGGUGAAGUACCGGGAAGUGUAAUUCUUGUCACAACACAAAGCAAAAGGGUUGCAGACACAGUAGCAACAAUGUGUCAAGUUCCACUAGCACCUUUGCCAUGGGAGAGUUUUUGGUCAGCUUUCCAGUAUUAUGCUUUUGGCACCACCGGUCCUGUGGCAGAGAACAAUCAGACUCUUCUGUUAAUUGGUGAGCAAAUAGCAAAAAAACUAGAUGGCUUGCCAUUAGCAGCAAAAGUAAUGGGAAAUCUGUUAAGAUCCAGAUUUACCAUACACCAGUGGAGAAGCAUCCUUGAGAGCGAUUGGUGGGACCUGAGUGAAGUUCUUUGUGAAAUCCUUCCAUACAUGGGAAUUAGUUAUCAAGAUCUACAGCCUAGACAAAGGCAGUGCUUCGCUUUCUGUUCGAUUUUUCCAGGAAAUUACUUGUUUGAUAAAGAUAGAUUGGUCAAUAUGUGGAUUUCUCACGAUUUCAUUGAACAAAGCAAAUCUGGUGGCACUAGAUUAGAGGACAUUGGAGGUAAACUGUUUGAUGAACUUGUGCAAAGAUCAUUUUUCCAGGCUACAUUUGAUAAAAGGAGGUACACUAUGCACGAUCUAGUACGGGCUCUGGCAAUUGGUGUUUCUUCAUAUGAAUGUUUUCUCCACAAAGAGACCUCACGCAGAGCAUCACCAACUGCUCGCCAUUUGGCUCUGCAAGUUAGUAAUCAACUGCACAUUCAUGAACUCAACAAGUAUAAAAAUCUGCGGACAAUCUUACUGUUUGGUCAUUGUGACAGUACUGAAAUUUGUGAUGUUGUUGACAAUAUGUUAGCCAACUCAAGAAGCAUUCGAGUGUUAGACUUAUCUUAUUUGGAGGUGCUGACAAAUAUGCCUGCCCACAUUUCAUCCUUAAAGAAAUUGAGGUUCUUUGAUCUUUCUUUCACAAGAGUCAAUAAUUUGCGCAACUUCCCUUGUAAUCUUCAUGCUUUAUACCUCCAUGGAUAUACCCGCAAUUCUAUUCCUCAAAGUGUUAAUACACUUGCCAAUUUGCGGCACUUGUAUGUUGACGCUACAGCUCUCUCUUUGAUUCCUGGUAUUGGGCAACUGAGUCAACUUCAAGAAUUGGAGAACUUCAGUGUUGGAAAGAGAAACGGAUUCAUGAUAAAUGAAUUGAAAAACAUGCAAGAGCUAUCUGGGAAAAUUUGCAUAAGCAAUAUCCACGUCAUUAAGAACACACUGGAGGCAGCUGAUGCCAAUAUGAUUGGGAAGAAACACCUUGAAGCCUUGGUGUUGAAGGGGAGAAAUGUAUCCAAAGAUGUACUUGAAGGAUUGCAGCCACACUCAAAUCUUCAAGAGCUCAUGAUCGAAGGUUACGGGGCCACAACUUUACCUAGCUGGAUCUUGCAAGGCCACAUCUUCACAAAACUGCAGUCUAUUCAUGUUGGAAGCUGCCGGCUUCUAGCUGUACUUCCGCCAUUUGGAAAAUUCGCUUCACUCAAGCAUCUCACUCUCGAUAACUUGCCAUCGGUGAAGCAUGUUGAUGGAACACAUUUUGGUUGCCUCCCAAAUUUGGAGGACUUAAAAGUUUCUUCGAUGACAUCUUGGAUAGAUUGGUCACAUGCAGAAGAAGAUCAUGGCCCUCUCCUUCCACAUCUCACAAGGUUUGAACUUCACAAUUGUCCUUUACUGGAAAAAGUGCCCAACCUAUCAUCCAUAUCUUCAUUGUCAGAACUUAACAUUUCAGCUUGUGGGAACUUUGCCAAGGCACUGCCACAAUAUGUAGGACUAUUAGCAUGUCUCAAAAAAUUAAGGAUAUCUUACUGUGAUCACCCACUGCUAUUCUCUGGGCAUCAGUUGAAGUCACUGGAUUAUCUACAUCUUCGAAAAUGUGGAUCUCUACGUUUGAUUGAUGGGCUACAAUGUUUUCCGAACCUCAGGGAUAUUGAUGUUCUUGGUUGUCCUGGCAUUCUUACUGAAUUACAAGACCAAUCGGUUAGACAAGAUGAGCAGGAUUUACUUCAUCUUAGCAGUAUAGUUACAGAUAUUAGCUUGCUAAAUAAGAACUUUUUUGUCCCCUCAGUGUGUGCUCUGUGCAUCCUUUAUCUGGAGGCCCUUCAUUUUACCGCAGAGCAGGAGGAGUGGUUUGGACAACUAAUAUCUGUCGAAAAAAUCGAGUUUGCUUACUGCUAUUUUCUGCAACGACUCCCUUCUACACUAAACAGACUUACCUCCUUAAAAGUACUUAGUAUCAGGGAGACAAAACCCCUGUCGCUGGAAGGAGUUGUGCCACAGAACCUCCAAGAAUUGAUUAUGGAUGGCUUCGUCAUGGAAGACAAUUUCAAACCUGGAGGAUCGGAUUGGCUGAACAUCUCUCAUGUUCCAUACAUUCGGCUUAAUGGGAAGACAGUCCAAAACCUGUCAAUUAAUGCUGCUUCAUCGUCUUCAAACCACCAAAUUUGA